ACUACGGUUGUUUAUUUACUUCUUGUUUUGCUGGCGCCGCGCGAACGGAACUCUUGCUUUCGUAAACUCAAUCUGGCGUGUGCAUGUUGUGCAUGAGUUGGAAACACGUGUGCAUUCACCGGCGAGGAUGUCCAGUUUCCCAAGCAUCGCCGUGUCAGUCACAUGCAUCAAGUUGCUCUUCAUAACAGCCUACCGAUCCACAGACUUCGAGGUACACCGUAACUGGUUGGCGAUCACGCACUCCCUGCCAAGCUCGAAAUGGUACUUCGAGAAAACUUCCGAGUGGACGCUAGAUUACCCGCCAUUGUUCGCCUGGUUUGAAUACGUGUUGUCCCUGGCCGCUCAGUUCGUGGAUCCCGGAAUGCUGGAAAUAGCUAACCUAAACUACGCCAGCCCUGCAACCAUCUAUUUUCAGAGGCUCACGGUUAUAUUAUCCGACCUGGUCCUUAUUUACGCUGUUUGGGUGUGGCAAGGGCUCAUUUCACCCACAAAGAGAGACCGCUCGUCGAAGCAUGAUGAUCCCUGGCUUGACAAGACUACCGUGCUUUCAAUGUUAUUUCUUUGGAACCCUGGACUGUUGCUCGUCGAUCAUGUCCACUUCCAGUACAAUGGUUUUCUUCAUGGAAUCCUCUUGCUAGCCACAGCUCGCCUCUUUCAGGGACGCUGUGUUGAAGCAACGUUAUGGUUCACCGUUCUGCUCAACCUGAAGCACAUUUAUUUGUAUGUGGCUCCAGUGUUCUUCGUGUACCUCUUAAGAAAUUACUGUUUUGCACAGCCUUCCGGGAAAGCUCAUCAGUCCUUUCUGCAGCGGUUUCAGCCGGUGCACUUCUUGAGGUUGGCCGGAGCAGUGCUGCUGGUUUUUGCAGUAUCACUGUGGCCAUUCUUAAGCAAGGCUCAGCUAAUGCAGAUGCUUCAGCGGCUGUUUCCUUUCAAAAGGGGACUCUGCCAUGCCUAUUGGGCCCCCAACUGGUGGGCACUGUAUGCAGCUGUGGACAGAGUACUGGCAUUCACAGGUAUUGGGUCUGGCAAGACUGCAAUGACGAUUGCAUCACCGACCUCUGGGUUGGUGCAGGAUACCAACUUCGCAUUGCUGCCCAAUGUACCACCGCUCAGCACAUUCAUACUGACUGCCCUCUUUCAACUGCCUGCUCUGUGGGGACUCUGGAAGAGACCACAGGAGCCCUGGUUGCUGGUUCGUGCCCUGGUGCUGUGCAGCCUCAGUGCUUUUUUGUUUGGCUGGCACGUCCAUGAGAAGGCCAUAUUGAUGCCUGUUCUGCUGGCCACCCCGCUAGCCCUGUGCAGCUCCUCUGAUGCAGCUGUGUACGUGAUUCUCUCAGCUGCUGGCCAUGCCUCCCUCUUCCCCCUGCUUUUCCAAUCAGCUGAGAUGCCUGCAAAGGUUCUUCUAGUGCUGCUGCAUACAGUGUAUGCCGUGUGCACGCUCGGCAAACUUCACAGCAGCAAGGCUGACCAGAAGCGGCGAUAUGCAUCAUUCACACAAGUUACCAGGCACGCAGGGACGUUGCUGACCUGGUUCGAGCGAGCGGGACUCUGUGUCUUGGGCCUGGCAGUGGUCGUGUACGCGGAACUGCUGCACACUUUCACACCUCUCGCGAGGCGGAUGCCAUUUUUGCCUCUUAUGGUGACAUCCGUGAGCUGUUCCCUCGCUAUCAUCUACGCGUGGGCCAAGUCGUGGCAGCUGUGGUUUCUUCAACCUUCGCGAGACGCUUGAUGAGCGAAGGAUGACGUCGGCUAAGAACCGUGCUCUGCCUAGAAGAGGCUAUGGCCUGAAUGUUUGAUAAAGGAAAAAUACUUUUUAAAUGAAACGUACAUUGUAAGAAAAACGUCUUUAAAAGGGUAAAAUCUAAAUGACAGUUUGAAAGUUCAAAAUGUAAAUUUCGUUUGUGUGCCGAGGAGGCAUCGACACUUUGACGGUUUUUUUCUCGCCCCUGUGGUAGGUUCCUGAAUUUCAUGAAAGAUGAAGGAGCCUUACUUCAAGUCAUUGUGCGCAAAUACUAUUUAUCGUUUCUCAAAUGAGGACACUUUCUGUAACUUCUUGUCAGCAUGUCCUUCAGAUGCACCUGUUUCUGUUUGCAAAUUCCGCGUUAAUGUUUGGUUUCCAUGCCACCGAUUCCAGUGAAACAGACGCGUAAGCAAUGAAAUGAAGCGACAGAUAUACCAAAGAAAGAAAUUAAUUUUGCAUUAGAAUUGGUAAGUUUGCGUAGAUACCAUAGCUUGCGUUCUAGUUUGAGUUUUUUGUUUUGACGGUACGUUACGAGUGGUAUAUUCUAGGCUUGUGCAAAUAGUGGUUUUGGUCAAAUUUUAAAUUGAAUUCGAAUAGUACACAUCACAUAUAAAGAAAAUGGGCACAUUUUUCAAGACCCAACCAACCUGCAUAAUGCUUUUCUUUAUAUUGAAACAAGAUAUGUGCAAAUUCCUUUCUUUUUAUUCAAAAGAAAUGAAAACAACUUAAGUAGUAGCAAGAGAUGACUUUCGAUAGAAUGCACGUGACAACCCGUAAAAAUAUGUUACGUUUUAACAUUUACUAUACUUAAAGCAUAAAAGCCAGUGUAACUAGCUUUUAAACUUAAAAAAUGAUGAAUCGAUGU